AUGCAGCAUUUUCUCUCUUCUGCUGCUGAGGAUUUGGAGGCCGAAGACUACAGCCUGUCUCCGUGUACACGCCAGCGGCGGCAAUCAGCAGCAACAGCAGCAGCAGCAGCAGCAGCAGCAGCAGCAGCAGCAGCAGCAGGAUUCUCUCCUAUACCUUCAGAGGCCCCCCCUCUUGCUGUGUCUUCUCCCCGCCCCCUUCGUCGUAGUUUACUGCAGCAGCAGGCAGCAGCUGUUGCUGGAGCAGCAGCAGCAGCUGCUUCUGCUGCAGCAGCAGCAGCAGCAGCAGCAGCAAGUCGAAUAGGCAUGGGUAGACGCAAAAGCUGGUUGCUGCUGCUGCUGCUGCUGCUGCUGGGUGUUCUUCUGUGUGUGCUGCUGCUGCUGUGGUGGCUGCCGCUCAGCUCGCAGCAGCAGCAGCAGCAGCAGAAGCAGCAGCAGCAGCAGAACGGCUUCACCCAGGGGACCUUCUCCUCUGCGUGGCAGCAGGACGAGACAAACCCAGCAGCAGCAGCAGCAGCAGCAGCAGACACAGCAGCAGCAGCAGCAGCAGGAGCAGGAGCAGCAGCAGCAACAUGGGGGGGAAGAAGAAAGCAGCAGAGCGGCACGUACUUUGUGCAGCAUCUCCCUGGCUAUUCUGCUGCUGCUGCGAUGCCUGCUGCUGAUGCAGCAGCAGCAGCAGCAGCAGCAGCAGCAGCAGCAGCACAUGGUGGUAGUCUGGACGUGCUGCUGUCUUCCCCUCUCUCAGCUUCUUCUGCAGCACUUGCUGCUGGUUCAUCAGCAGCAGAACUGCAGCAGCAGCAGCAGCAGCAGCAGCAGCAGCAGCAAGACUUAAAAGAGGGUAGUCUUGACGUGCUGCUGUCUUCCCCUCUCUCAGCUUCUUCUGCAGCACUUGCUGCGGGUUCAUCAGCAGCAGAACUGCAGCAGCAGCAGCAGCAGCAGCAGCAGCAGCAGCAAGACUUAAAAGAUGUAGCUUUGCCUGUCCCUUUUGCUGCUCCACCGCAGCAGCAGCAGCUGCAGCAGCAGCAGCAGCAAUCUGUUCUUCUUUCUCUAGGUUCUCGUGCUGCUACUUUUCCUACUCUCUCCCCAACCCCGGGUAUUUCUUUUGUUGCACCGCAGCAACAGCAGCAGCAGCAGCAGCAGCAGCAGGAGCAGCAGCAGCAGCAGCAGCAGCAGCAGCAGCAGCAGCAGUUGCUGCUGCAGCAGCUAGAAGCUGAGGGGUGGAGGGGAGAGCUGGGGGCCCUCGCAGACUACAACAACGACAUGCAUGUAGACUUUAUCUUCAUCGGCAGCAGCGCGCACCUGCACGGCUGCAGCAGCAGCAGCAGCAGCAGCAGCAGCAGCAGCAGCAGCAGUAGUACAGGAGCCCCCAACAGCAGCAGCAGCAGCAGCAGCAACAGCAGCAGCAGCAGCAGCAGCAGCAGCAAAAGAGGAGAUGCAUGCGGCAGCACAAUAUCUGUGUACACAUGGAGCCCUGAGCUGCUGCAGUUUAAGCAUGAGGUGUCUGUACACCUGAAAGAGACAGUAGAUAGUAUUGUUGCUGUUGAUUGGGAUAGAGACGGCAGAAUAGAUAUUCUUGCUGUGACCAUUGGACCACCUGCUGCUGCUGCUGCUGCUGCUGCUGCUGCUGCUGCUGCUGCUGGUGCUGGUGCUGGCGGUGGUGGUGGUGCUGCUGCUGCUGGCGGUGGUGAGAGGGGUGGGGAUCGGGUUGCUGCAGGUACACCUGCUGCAGCAGAAACCACAGCAACUGCAGCAGCAACUGCUGCUGCAGCAGCAGCAGCAUCCGCUCCAACAGCAGCAGCAGCAGCAGCAGCAGCAGCAGCAGGAGAGAGAACAUACGGGCUUGUUGCUUUCAUACAAAGGCCGACGGGGGCCCUUGAGAGGGUUUGGUCUAGCUACGAGUUUGUUGAGUUGCUGCUGCAGCACAGACACAGAAACAGACUGCUGCAGCAGCAGCAGCAGCAGCAGCAGCAGCAACAGCAGCAGCUGCAGAUACACGCGGCAGAAGAAAGCGGAAAUCCUUCUGCUGCUGGGGAGACAGCAGCAGCAGCAGCAGCAGCAGAUCCAGCUGCUGCAGCAGAGGCAGCAGAACCCCCUGCAGGAGCAGCAGCAGCAGCACGAGCAGCAGCAGCAACAGCAGCAGCAGCACCCGUAGCAGCAGGAGAAGGACUUGCAGCCUGGGGUGAAUCUCAGCAGCAGCAGCAGCAGCAGCAGCAGCAGCAGGAACAGCAGCUGCAGAUACGCGCGGCAGAAGAAAGCGCAAAUCCUUCUGCUGCUGGGGAGACAGCAGCAGCAGCAGCAGCAGCAGAUCCAGCUGCUGCAGCACAGGCAGCAGAACCCCCUGCAGCAGCAGCAGCAGCAGCACGAGCAGCAGCAGCAACAGCAGCAGCAGCACCCGUAGCAGCAGGAGAAGGACGAGCAGCAGCAGCAGCAGCAACAGCAGCAGCAGCAGCAGCAGCAGCAGCAGCAGCAGCAGCAGCUACCUGGGGUGAAUCUGUUGAUACUACUACUACUACUCCUGCUCCUGCUGCAGCAGCAGCACCAGCACCAGCACCAGCAGCAGCAGCAGCAGCAGCAGCUGCUGCUGCUGCUGCUGCUGCUGCUGCUGCUGGUGAGUCUGUUGCUGCAGCACUAACAGAUGAAGAGCUGCUGCUGUGUAGCUUCUCUAGCAUCCAUCCCCUUGUUGCUGAUUUAACUUUUGAUUACUACCCCGACAUGCUAGCUCAAGCAGCAGCAGCAAACAGCAGCAGCAGCAGCAGCAGCAGCAGCAGCAGCAGCAGCAGCAGCAGCAGCAGCAGGAGGUAUUUUCGUUUUUAUUGGGAGAAUCUAAGCAGCAAAGGAAUUGAGGGCUUCGCCCCCAAACGCGUUUCUGCUGCUCCUUCUUUGUUUCUUACAACGAAACUGCAGCAGCAGCAGCAGCAGCAGCAGCAACAGCAGCAGCAGCAGCAGCAGCAGCAGCAGCAGCAACCCUCACAGCAGUGCUAUUGCUGA